UAGGUGCAACUUUCUAUUUCUAUCGAUACUUGUUUUGAAUGCCUACAUAUCGCUUUGAAGCUUCACGUGGACCUGUAGUGCUUGGAAGUUUCCAGCUAAAACAUGCAUUUCAAGCAGCUGUCACCAUGCCUGCUGCAGGAAUAGUUCUUGCUUUUCUGAUAGGAUAUUCAAUUCAUACUUCGCUAAUGUACAAUUAUUCAUGGGGAUGUAGGAUUGUUUAUUUACCUUCUGUAUCUCGUUUAUUAAAUCUUCCCCUUGAAAGGAUAUUUUGGAACUUUUUAUCUUUAUCCAGUGUACCACUUCAAUUAUUUGUAGUACUUCGACAGUAUAUGCUGACAUUUUCAACAUCAAACAAACUUCAGUUACUUCGAAUAACUCUAGUGAUCAGUUCAGUUUUUCAAACGUUAUUUCUCACCCUACUUGCGACAGUUGGUGAACGGGAAAGUGGAGACUUUCAUGUGGCAUUUUUCUCGGGUUUCGCAGUUUCUACCAUAGUCAAUUACUCAGUUUUCACAAUUCUUAUGAAAUUCACCGCAUCGAAAGAAAGCCCAAAGCAUGGCCGCCGACGUGUUGCAGUACUUCUUGGUCUUGUAGUAACGCUUCCAACUAUUUUCAUUGCGUUUAUCGCUCACAAUGUUUUUUGUGUUAAAGGAGCAUACGAAGCAUUCGCAAUAUUCGAAUAUCUCACAAUUUUCUUGAUCUAUGCAUUCCACAUGUCGAACUUCUACUUGUUUUCCAAUCCUUCUCAUCGGAUACUCAUUUGCCAACAAAACGGGAAAAUUAAGGGAGUUAGAAUAUGAUUUACACAAGUUACUUUUUAGUUUUAUAAUUUAUCUGCAGUUCAUUGUUUUUCGCCUAUUUUUUAUUUAAAUAAAAUUUAAUGAUUUGA